UGAAAAUUAACAAUAAACAUUCCAGGCAGCAAACAACAGAACUGAAAGAACAAAAAGAACAAAAAAUAGAACUAACAACAAGAAAUUGGUCUGACCGAAGUGAAGCUAAAGACGCUAAAAACACUAAAGAAUAGUCUAUUCCGUCGGUGAAAAGCCUUAUAAACCGCAUGUCCUGCAUUUCUUCACUUUCUGCAUUUCUUGAGCAUUUCUGCAUAUAAUAUUCUUUACAGACGUUGAGCGUCUUUUGUCUCUCUCUAUAGGCACCCGUUUGCAUGUGACUUGUACCUGGCGUACUCCGUACACACCUGACAUCAUCUUGUCUGUGUUGCACCCUUGCGUUUCGUCGUUUUCGUCCAAUUCACCCUGUCACUCGUUGCCUUAUUUCUCCUUUAUGGCCAACUCCUUUUCUAUUCAUACAAAAUCCCUUUCGACUCCAGAAACCACUAAAAUCAACCCGGAUGGUGUCAUAACAACUGCUUCGAGGAAGCCUUCGUCCUCGACAGCCUCGACUAUGGAUCUCGGCUCGCCUACUACUCGUCACACCCCGAAAAGAUCGCGCACAGCGACUUCCUCGCCUCCGUCCUCCUAUAGCCAUGCCUCGUCCCACCACUAUCGACCAACUUCCCGGAGUACGGCUCACUCAAACCUUACCAGCCGUCGCAGUUCGCGACAUUCUUCGCCCCGUCGGGUGCCUACUUCAGCAUCCCUGACUCCGUCGGUACGUAGCGCGAGUCGCCGUCCGCCGGGUCAGAAGCGAGAGAGCCUUCUAGCACUACAUCGGGAAUCAUGCCGUUUAUUCCAGGUCCCAGGCCAGGAAGUCCUGUCUCCCCCGCCGGUUUCGACAAAAAUGUCCGUUCAGCAUAUAUCCUCCGCUGCGUCGUCGGAUAUAGGCUCGCCACCGUUGUCGCCGGGGUUAUAUGCGCAGUCUUCUAUCUCCGAUCGAUCUCUAGACCAUGGCCGGCCCAGUACGAUAUACCCGAUUCCCGCAGAGCCUCCAUGCAAGGAACCGUCAAAUACAGUCAAUACGGCCAUCGACUGGACCUCCCCCUCCACCCGACGACGGGAGUACGCAAAGAUCGACCGCGCCAGUCAUGGUGUCCGAGGACUAUGGCGUAAAGUCGCGCCGCGAUGGUGCCAGUCUAGAAAUGAUAGGAUGCCGUUCUUCGAGCCGGAUAAGAACGGGAAAGCCAACUAUGAGGGGAGCGUGAGGCGGUUUCGAAUGGAUCUCCCUGACGAGCCGGAGCUGGCUAGAUCUCGUCGGGGAGGGUUUAGACUUGGGGGGAGGAGACACACGGCUGUUUAACUCCAUCCGUUUCUUUUGACUUUUGAUUCUAUUGGCACCCCAUUUUUGACAGAAUGCUUGCGUUCAUGAUACCACGACCACCGCCACUGCACCACGCAUUGAUUGCAGGAGUAUACGACCUGCUCUACUGUUUCGCUCUAAUCACCUAAUCAGAUGAUAUUAUGAUACCCAGAUACACACGUUAUUAAUAAUCGUUAUUAAUCACGCUUAUCCAACUAUAC